AUGCAGCACUACGGGGUGAAUGGCUACUCCCUACAUGCGAUGAACUCACUCAGCGCCAUGUACAACCUGCACCAGCAGGCAGCCCAGCAGGCCCAGCAUGCCCCUGACUACAGGCCAUCGGUGCAUGCACUUACACUGGCUGAGCGCCUAGCCGGCUGUACAUUUCAAGACAUCAUCUUGGAGGCCCGUUAUGGUUCCCAGCACCGCAAACAACGUCGUAGUCGCACGGCAUUCACAGCCCAGCAGCUUGAGGCCCUGGAGAAGACCUUCCAGAAGACGCAUUACCCAGAUGUGGUGAUGCGCGAGAGGCUGGCCAUGUGUACCAAUCUGCCCGAGGCCCGCGUGCAGGUCUGGUUCAAGAACCGCAGGGCCAAGUUCCGGAAGAAACAGCGCAGCCUGCAGAAAGAACAACUCCAGAAACAGAAGGAGGCCGAGGGCUCCCACGGAGAAGGCAAGAUGGAGGCCCCAGCCUCAGACAGCCAGCUAGAGGCAGAACAGCCUCCCAGUCUGCCCACUGGUGAUCCCCCUGCUGAGCUUCAGCUGAGUCUGUCGGAGCAAUCGGCCAGUGAGUCAGCCCCUGAAGAUCAGCCAGACCGUGAGGAGGACUCUCGCGCUGGGGCCGAGGAGGCCAAAGCUGAGAAGAGCCCUGGAUCUGAGAGCAAGGUGCAGGGCUGCAAGAGGGGCAGCCCCAAGGCAGAUUCCCCAGGCAACCUGCCCAUGACUCCUGCAGCACCAGGGGGAGGCCUCCUGGGCCCUUCCCAUUCCUACUCCUCGUCCCCGCUCAGCCUCUUCCGUCUCCAGGAGCAGUUUCGCCAGCACAUGGCAGCCACCAACAACCUGGUGCACUACUCGUCUUUUGAAGUGGGAGGCUCGGCACCUGCUGCGGCUGCAGCUGCGGCUGCUGCGGUGCCCUACCUAGGUGUCAACAUGGCCCCACUGAGCUCACUGCACUGCCAGUCCUACUACCAAUCCCUGUCGGCAGCUGCUGCUGCCCACCAGGGUGUCUGGGGGUCCCCAUUGCUGCCGGCGCCCCCUACAGGCCUGGCACCUGCCUCAGCUGCCCUGAACAGUAAAACCACAAGCAUUGAAAACCUUCGCCUCCGGGCCAAGCAGCACGCGGCCUCCCUGGGACUGGAUACACUCCCCAAUUGA